GCUGGACGCGACACGCACGUCGACAUGUCCUCCAUGGGAAGAAUGCACGGCUGCUGGGCCAUCAGAAGGAAAGAGAGGCGUUUGCAAAGCACGUCUGUGUUCUGAGCACGUUGAGUGCCGGGGUGGAGUUUGUAUCGGCGCCAACGCGACACUACCCAUGUCAGGCGUCUGCUACCCGUCGCUGCCCCCACACCCACCGCGGCGCCGAUGCACGGUGCGUGAGGAGUGCGGGGGUGCCAUCUGCAUCGGUGGGGACAGGGCGCUCCCAUGGUCCGGGGUUUGUGUGGAUCCACCUCCGUCUCCGGUGAAGAAGUGCAGAUCUGACGCUGAAUGUGAUGGCGCGCCAUGUGAGGGUGUCAACAAGACGGCGUCAGGGAUAGGCUUCUGCUCCAUGGAAAAACCGAGACAACAUUCUCCCAAAGAGGAAGACCUCAUUACAACUCCCCUGCGGUGCGCGCAAAGUCAGGACUGCCCAGAAGGAGGUAUAUGUUCCGGAGCUGACGGAUCAGAUCCUGGCAUCUGUGUCCCCGGGCCGACUCAGCAGAUCACCCCGGCAGCAUCGCAGGCGGACAAUCCAAGGAAUGGCGGGAAGAACCGGAACCGAAUCCUCAAACCCCAUGGGCACGGGAAACUAGGAAAGAUCUUUCAAAAGAAGGAGAAAAAUGUCCCUACAAAAGGUCAUGAAUCUUCUCCUGAGCAGAUGAAGGUCACUGUUUGAAAUAGUCACACAAUUUCUUUCGGGAAAACGUGUCUGACAGAAAGAAGAACGAUAGUCAAUAAGUGAUCAAUGUACAUUGUAUGAGGAUAUCUAUAGGAUUUUUAUCGUAGUAUUUGGAGCGGUUUGACGUCGGCAUUUUGCAUGGAAACACAUAUGAUCACAUAUAUAUGUCUUCUCAUUAUUACAGCAAGGUGGUUGAAAUAAGACGUCCUUGAUUAUAAUGAAGCAUGGAUUAGUCGAAAUAAUUACUAACCAUAUUAGUAAUCAUCACAAAGCGAAUGUAACAUGGAUCGUACCAUCUAGUCUAGCUGCAAAGUCACAACUGAACACCCCCCACUGAGUCUAGGUAAAGUUGUGUCAUGUUUUGAUUCGUAACUGCAUCGUACAUGUACAUCAAAUCGUUGAAUUUGGAUAGAAAUUGUGACAUACCACAGAAUCUUUUCAUCCAAAUAUGUAGAAAAGAAUACCUAGAAUAUA